UGUAAUGAUUAACAAAACAGGAUCAGCAGUUAGUGUGAACUCUUGUCUUGGAGGGUUCGGUUUACCAGAAUACUUGUUUGCUCCUGCUUUCACAAUGUGCUUGAAAACCGGUUUAUGGGCUCUUGCAGUUGCUGCUUUCUUCAGUCAACUUUGCUGUGAAGACACCUCUACUCACCCACCAAAACCAAUCUCAAGGGGGAUUUAUGUGGCUAUAGGUUCGUCUGUCAAGUUACCAUGUGGGGACGGAAUGACCAAAGGGACAGAGUGGAGGGUAAACGGAUCGAUGCUGGUCUCAGGCCCGGUUCUGCACUUACACAACACCAGUCUGGAAGAUCAAGGCAUCUACACAUGCCACAGUCCAAACGGAGGUCACAUUGAAACACUACAUUUGUGGAUGGGCUAUGCUCCCUCACCACCAGUGGUGCAGUGCUGGUCUCCUAGUUAUCCCCUCAAAGCAGUGUGCUCCUGGACUCAGACACCAGACCCUAUUCUGCCAACAUAUUACAUCGCCACCUACUGGUAUCCUAGAACUGAGCAACCACUUGUCCAUUCGUGCCGGAGAGAGAGUGACCAGGACCAACAGUGCAUUCUAGAAGAGCUAGAACUAUAUGCAACAGUGCCCCACUUGGUUAACAUCACAGCUGUCAAUGCCCUCGGGAGUGCAACACGCAUCCUGCCUAUCCUAAUAGACGACAUCAUGAAGCCUGACCCUCCCGUUAACGUGAAGGUGACGUUACAGCCAGGCAGGAAGCUCCACGUGCAGUGGGCUCCUCCACCCAGUUGGCCAGACCCUGUGAACUUCACCCUGAAGUACAAAGUGCAGUUUCAAUGGGACAAACGUAAAACAGCCAGCAUUAUGGGACCGUACGAGUCACUCAGCAUGGUUCGGAGUGGGCUUGUACCAGGGCGGACCUAUCAUAUCCAAGUAUCUGCCAUGGACUUCAUGGGACAAGGGCAGAGCAGCGAAUGGAGUGACCCCGUGACCAUAACUCUACCCACCAGCUGACCUGCAUGGCCGCCUAAACGUACAGCUUGGCGCAUUGGCUUUCACUUUUACACACAGUAUGUGUUCAGUUGAAUCUUUCCAUGUCCAUACUGCAUAAACUCAUGCAGUGUCCUCUUUGGUUCUUUGAUAAAACACGCCAUAGGUAGAACCAAAGAGGACACUGCAUGAGCUGAUGCAGUAUGGACAUGGAAAGAUCCAAUUGAACACAUAGAGUGUGUAAAAGUGAAAGCCAGUUUGCAUAAUCUAAAGAUUUAAUAACAAUUGCAAUAUCAA